AGAGGGCGUCAUAUUAGUGAGGAGAGAGAGCAUCAUUUCAGUGAGGAGAGAGGAGAGAGAGAGCAUCAUUUCAGUGAGGAAAGCAUCAGUACAAGGAGGCAGUUUGGAAACCUGUAGUAAAAGACAGUCUCCGUUUUGUUUUUAGGAAAGAAGCUCAACCUUCAGCUCCUCUUAUAUUACUACACAGUACCGGAGGGGUGCAGCCUAGUAAACAAGCGCUCGUGCACGAUGGCUCCCGUGAGCGCGGAUCAGGGACAAGUCGUGGAGGUUCCCUUAAGCGUUGCUGUGGUCAGCAUCUUUGGUCUGGUCUUCAGCGUUUCUGCCUUUGCCUGGAUUUGCUGCCAGCGCAAGACCAACAAAAGCGGUGCCAAGACCCCACCUUACAAAUUCGUCCACAUGCUCAAGGGUGUGGACAUCUACCCUGAAAGUCUGAACGGCAAGAAAAAAAUAGCGGGAGAGAAGACAUCUGACCCAGCACAGAAAAAAACGCUCUCGAGUCCCAGUGGUGGGCGUCCGGUACUUCAUCUUGACUUGGAAAAACGAGACUUGAAUGGGAACUUCACAUUUGCACCUCCCAUUCUUCAAGCCAAGGUCAGAAGCACCCCAGAUCAGGAUAUUCCAUCCCCGCAUCCAGGCACCGGACAGGUGGGAACGCAGGAGGAUGAAACCCCAGAGAGCAAUGUCUCAAGCCAGAUGCCCACCCCGGCUCUGGAGAAGGUCCAGGAAAAGGAGAACGGUGUGGGCACGCUUUCCUUCUCGCUCGAGUACAACUUUGAGAAAAAGGCUUUCAUUGUGCACGUUAAAGAGGCGCAUGGCCUGUCUGCCACAGAUGAGCAGUCUCUGACCUCUGACCCCUACAUCAAGCUUACGUUGCUUCCUGAGAAAAAACACAAGGUCAAGACCAGGGUUCUGAGGAAGACUCUGGACCCAGCCUUUGACGAGACCUUCAGCUUCUACGGCAUCCCAUACUCUCGCGUCCCCCAGCUGGCUUUACACUUCAUGGUGCUCAGUUUUGAUCGGUAUUCCCGCGAUGAGGUGAUUGGAGAAACUUUGGUCCCGCUGGCUGACGUGGACCUGGCUGAGGGGAGGGUCAUCAUGAGCCGUGACAUCAUCAAAAGGAAUGUGAGGACAACUGCAGGGAGGGGAGAGCUGCUCCUGUCUUUGUGUUAUCAGUCCACCACCAGCACCCUGACGGUAGUGGUUCUUAAAGCUCGUCACCUGCCCAAGACAGACCGCAAUGGGCCCUCAGACCCUUACGUAAAGGUAAACCUGUACCAGGGCAAGAAACGCGUGUGCAAGAAAAAGACCCACGUGAAAAAGUGCACCCCGAACCCCGUCUUCAACGAGCUCUUCGUCUUCGACGUGCCCACCGAGGAGGGCCUGCGGGACACCAGCGUCGAGCUUCUGCUGCUGGAUUCCGAUAGAACAGCACGCACACCCAUCGUUGGCCGUCUCCUCCUGGGGACCUCAUCCCCAGGCACCGCUGGCGAGCACUGGCGCGAGAUCUGCGAUCACCCACGGCGACAGAUUGCGAAGUGGCACGCGCUGGCCGAAGACUAGCCGAAUGACAAACGCCCAAGAACUGUCAGAAAAGAAAGAUCGGGCAGGGAUUAUGGGACUUCAAGUGAUGUCAUCUGUGGGUAAUGGUAAUUAAAUUAGUGCCUGUUUUGAGGGGGAGGAGCUAAAAGAAUCCAGCCAAUGAUUCCAAAGACAGUCUGCGACAUCCAGUGAUGCUUCUUUUCAUACUUCAUACCGUAUCUAACUGGUCACCCUGUUGUGCAGUGCCGAAUGUCAUAAAUGUCUCUAUCGCUGUUCGCUCUGCUCAGUAUCAAUGUUACUCAGAAAAACGUGGAUAAAACGCAUAAAACACUUCAGUGCUGUAAAUAUCUGUGGAUCAUUUAUUUAUUUGAUAAAAUCCUUUUAUUUAUGAAAUGUCAAAAAUGCUUUAUUCUCUUCUUUUUGUACUUAAUUUAUUAUUUUGGUUCAGGGUUUUUUUGUAAUUUAAAGUGGUCAUAUUUUUUUAUUUUGUCUAUGUGAAAGCAGCCUAAAUUAGGCCGAGCUUUAUUAUUGAAUGACUGCAUGAACUUUAAAAAAAUCUGUACGUAUGGGAUGUUUUUGUCUGUGUGUAAGUAUGAGUGUGUAAUCAGUUCUGAUUGGAGAGUGAGCUCUCUAGAUUACCGCGAGCACAACAGUAGAAUGUAAUGUACAUGUACCUUAAUAUAAAAUGUCACGUUCAGAGAAAAAACUGUGUCUAUUUUUUUAUUAUAUGCAGCCUGAGGUUUUAAUGAU